AGAAGAAGAAGAGUUCUUGGAUCAGUCAAAUGGUCAACCCACAAACUUUAUUUUAAGAAGAGGAAGACACAUCCUUUAAGAUUUUGACGGUUCUAAAACCAAACCAAAACAACCGGCGAAAGACAGAAACAACGAAAGUCAGAUCUACAUCUACUAGUCUGAAACAAUCUUUAACGAUGGUAGUUAGUAGAUACAAACAAUUCAAUACAAACUCAUUCACGAGGGGUAUCACUAACCCUUUCUCUUUCUCUUCUCUACCUUCUUAUAUUACUUCAUUCUUUCAUCUCUUUGCAACUUGAUCUCCUUUCGCUUGUCAUGGACUCAUGGUCAAAUUAUGAGUGCUUAGCUGAGUAAUCUUUGUUGACUUUUUCCUCAAGUGGUCCUCUCCUUCCUUCUCAUCCAAAUCCACAACGCUAUCACCUGCUUUGCAUUAAUUCUCUUCAUUAUCGAUCUCCGUUUUCUUCUGGCCCUAGCAGUGCUCUUCCCCGUAUCUAUUUUCUGACGUGUCAAAUCAGGAUUCAUCAGAUUCCUACUCAUAAACUAGCUUUCUGGGUUCCUCAUUUUCUCAUUUUUCGCUUCCCUCUUUUGGGUGUUUUCAUAUUCUUUUUCUCUCCCUUUUUAUUUCUCUGUCAUCGUAUUCCUUAAACUAUGUAGCCCAAGUAUAACUUUUAAAAAAUAUAUACAAAGAAAAUUCAGCUCCAAAGUUCUCUUUUUUCUUAUUUUUUUGAGGGGUUCUUUUUGUGUAGCAGUCUUCUCUGGUGCAGGUAUAUGUGUAGUUGAAUUUCUGAGGGGUUAUUUUCCUUUUUUAACCCUUAGGGUCUUCUUCUCUAUUUUUAAUGAAUUUGUAGAAUAUUGGCAGUGUAGUAAACAUGGGAAAGCAUUGGUCUUUCUUCAAAAUUAUGAGUACCCUUGUGUUGUGCAUCCGUCUUUUGUCUAAAGUCUGUUUGGCUGGGAUUCAAUAUAAUGGCACAGUCUCACCCGGGUUCAAAGGUUCUCAAAUGAAUUGGAUUGAUAGAAAUGGAAUGUUCCUCGUGUCAAAAGAGGGUAAUUUUGCCUUUGGAUUUGUCACCACUGCAAAUGACAGCACCCAGUUUCUAUUGGCAAUCAUCCAUACGGCCAGCUCUACCCUUGUUUGGACUGCAAAUAGAGCACUUCCUGUUGCCAAUUCCGACAAUUUUGUGUUUGAUGAUAAGGGCAAUGCCUUUUUACAGAAAGAUGGGAACGCGGUCUGGUCUACAAAUACAAGUGGCAAAGGGGUUUCUUCAAUGGAAUUGCAAGACACAGGAAAUUUGGUUUUGCUAGGGAGCGAUAAUAGUACAGUGAUUUGGCAAAGUUUCAGCCACCCAACAGAUACUUUGUUGCCAACUCAGGACUUCACAGAGGGAAUGAAACUCAUCAGUGAUCCUAAUUCAAACAAUUUGACCCAUAUUCUUGAGAUCAAGUCUGGUAAUGUUGUUCUCACAGCAGUUUUUAAGACUCCUCAGCCUUAUUGGACUAUGCAAAACGACAACCGCAAAACUAUCAAUCAAGAUGGUGAUGAGGUUGCUUCCGCAAACAUAAGUGAAAAUUCCUGGAGGUUCUAUGAUAAGAACAGAUCUUUGUUGUGGCAAUUCAUUUUCUCUUCAGAUCCGGGUACUAAUGAGACUUGGGUUGCAGUUUUGGGGAGUGAUGGCUUCAUCACUUUCUCUAACCUAAACAGUGGAGGGUCAAAUGCUGCAUCACCAAUAAGAAUACCACAAGAUCCUUGUGCUACACCAGAGCCUUGUGAUCCAUACAACAUUUGCACUGGCAAUCAGAGGUGUAGCUGUCCUUCUGCUGUUCCAAGUUGUGAUCCUGGUUUUGUCUCUCCUUGUGGUGACUCAGAACAUUCCGUUGAGUUAGUGAAAGCUGAUGCUGGACUCUAUUACUUUGCACUUGAAUUCCUUCAACCCUUUUCCAAAACUGAUUUGGCUGGUUGCCAAACUUCUUGCAAUGGAAACUGCUCAUGCCUUGCUAUGUUUUUUCAGAAAAGCUCAGGGAACUGUUUCCUCUUGGAUACCAUAGGAAGCUUUGAGAAAUCUGGUGCUGAUUCUGGUUAUGUUUCUUACAUUAAGGUUUCGAGGGAUGCAAGUGCUGGCUCAGGAGGCAGUGGAAGCAGCAAUAAGCACACCAUAGUUGUUGUGGUUAUUGUCAUAUUAACUUUCCUUGUCAUUUGUGGUCUGGUCUUUGCAGGAGUUAGAUACUGCAGAAAAAAGCAACAAUCGCCUGAUUCUCCUCGAGAGAAUUCAGAAGAGGACAAUUUCUUGGAGAAUUUAACUGGUAUGCCAAUUCGUUACAGCUACAAAGAUCUUGAAGCUGCUACUAAUAACUUCUCCGUGAAGCUUGGGCAAGGGGGUUUUGGGUCAGUUUAUAAAGGAGUACUACCAGAUGGGGCUCAACUAGCAGUGAAGCAGUUGGAAAGUAUUGGACAAGGGAAGAAAGAGUUCAGGGCUGAAGUUAGUAUCAUUGGCAGCAUUCAUCACCUCCAUUUGGUUAGGCUUAAAGGGUUCUGUGCUGAUGGAACUCAUAGGCUUCUUGCUUAUGAGUACAUGGCCAAUGGCUCAUUGGAUAAGUGGAUUUUCAAGAAAAACAAGGGUGAGUUUUUGUUGGAUUGGGAUACAAGGUUUAAUAUAGCUCUUGGAACAGCAAAAGGACUUGCUUAUCUACAUGAAGAUUGUGACUCAAAGAUUGUUCAUUGUGACAUCAAGCCAGAAAAUGUACUUCUGGAUGAUCAUUUCAUGGCCAAGGUUUCUGAUUUUGGUCUGGCUAAGCUCAUGAAUAGAGAACAAAGCCAUGUUUUUACCACACUGAGGGGCACAAGGGGCUAUCUUGCACCGGAGUGGAUAACAAACUAUGCUAUAUCAGAGAAAAGUGAUGUUUACAGUUAUGGAAUGGUGUUGCUAGAGAUCAUUGGAGGAAGGAAAAGCUAUGACUCUAAUGAAAGUUCAGAGAAAUCCCAUUUCCCAACAUAUGCUUUCAAGAUGAUGGAAGAAGGAAAACUGAGAGAUAUUUUUGACUCAGAGUUGAAAAUUGAUGAGAAUGAUGACAGGGUUCAAUGUGCUAUAAAAGUUGCAUUGUGGUGCAUACAAGAAGACAUGUCAAUGAGGCCUUCUAUGACCAAAGUAGUUCAAAUGCUAGAGGGUCUUUGUACUGUUCCUAAGCCACCAACUAGUUCUCCCUUGGGUUCACGCCUUUUCUCUACUGUAUUCAAAUCCACAAGUGAAGGGGGCACUUCUUCUGGUCCAUCAGAUUGUAACAGUGAUGCUUAUCUCUCUGCAGUUCGCCUCUCAGGGCCUAGAUAACAGUGGCUAUAUCUUUUUUUUAGGUGUUGUAUUGUUGUAGGAUGUGAUGAAGAGCUAUUCAGGUUUACCUACUAUUGAUUUUGUGGGGCUUUCAUGCAUCCCGCUCUUGUAAAUUUUCUUCAAGUUCCUCAAAUUUUGUAAUAUAAAUCGCUAUCCAUAUAAUCAAUCUCCACUUUUUUUUCCUUGUCAUUUUCUUGUCACUUUUAUUUACUAAUGCAAUACAAAUA